AUGGAGGAGGGGGAAAGGAGCCUGCUGCUGUCCCAGGAUGCUGGAGAUCAGGAACCACCCCUCGUCAGAAGCAGCCCCCUCACUUCAAGUCACCCGGGGCCAGCACCCUGGGAGGACCAGGCCCGGAGGGCAGGCCUUGGGGGGGUCCUGGCCUGCUGCUUCCCCUGGGGAAGCAGCUUCCUCAAGUGCCUGAUCUUCCUGUCCAACUUUGUCUUCUCUCUGCUCAGUCUGCUGGCCCUGGCCAUCGGUCUCUGGGGCCUGGCCGUCAAGGGGUCUCUGGGGAGUAGUUGGGGGGGCCCCCUGCCCGCAGACCCCAUGCUGGGGCUGGUGCUGGGCGGGCUGGCGUUCAGUGCGGUGAGCCUGGCAGGCUGCCUGGGCGCCCUCUGCGAGAACGCCUUUCUGCUGCGCUGCUUCUCUGGGGGCAUCCUUGCCUUUCUGGUGCUGGAGGCCGUGGCAGGGGCUCUGGUGGUGGCCUUGUGGGGCCAGUUACAAGAUGACCUGGAGCACGUCCUACGCAUGGCCAUCACCCACUACCAAGACGACCCAGACCUGUGCUUCCUCAUUGACCAAGUUCAGCUCGGGCUGCAGUGCUGCGGGGUGGCCUCCUACCAGGACUGGCAGCGGAACCUGUACUUUAACUGCAGCUCCCCUGGGGUCCAGGCCUGCAGCCUUCCUGCCUCCUGCUGUAUCGACCCCUGGGAAGAUGGAGCCUCAGUCAAUGACCAGUGUGGCUUCGGGGCCCUGGGCCUGGAUGAGGACACGGCCCAGAGGGUGGUGCACCUGGAGGGCUGUAGCCCCCCACUCCUCCAGUGGCUGCGCAGCAACAUCUGGGCUGCAGGUGGCUACGCCAUCGUUGUCGUGGUGGUCCAGGGGGCAGAGCUCCUGCUGGCCAUCCAGCUGGUGAGGGCCCUGGCUGUCCACAAGAGGGCAGCAGAGAGUGAGGGCUUGUUCACAGGACCCCCAGACUCAGUGCCCUCCCCUCUGCCAAACUGGUCCCGGGCUGACUGGCAGGUGAGACGAAAGACCAGGGCACCCGGAUGGGGUCUGGGGCUGCAGGCCUCCCCUCCCCUCCCAGGGAAGGUGUCAGAAUAA